AUCAUGAGUACAAAGUCAGAUCCACCACGAGCCUCGAGGAAUUGCCUCUACACCAGUUUGUGGGACUUCAGAGCUAUGACGGAGACAGAGCUCAGCUUCAAGGCAGGGGACCUCUUCCAGGUCAUGGAGAAGAAUGGAGAUUGGUGGUGGGCCAAGAAGUUAGGCACCGCUGGAAGGAACUGCGAGGAGGGUUAUGUCCCGUACAACUACGUGGCCAAGAAGGAGACGGUGGAAGCAGAACCAUGGUUUUUUGGGCAGAUCUCCCGUUCUGAAUCUGCACAUCGGCUGCUGUCUGCAGAAAACCAAACCGGGGCCUUUCUCAUCCGUAUCAGCGAGAAAAAAGGAGUGGAGUAUGUGCUGUCAGUACGAGAUGAGUCAAUGGUGAGGCACUACAAGAUCUUUCUCAACGGACAAGGGCAUUUCCACAUGAAUGCCACCCGGUCCUUUCCUGAUCUGCUGUCCCUUGUUGAGUAUUACAAAGAGAAGGGACUCACCCAUGGCCUGACUCUAACAAGCCCAUGUUACAAGCAAGAACCCAAGGCAAUGCCCCACUGGGAUGACUGGGAACGGCCGAAGGAGGAGUUCCGCCUGGUCAGGAAACUGGGUGCAGGAUACUUCGGAGAGGUCUACGAAGGAUACUGGAAGGACAAAGUCCGAGUCGCGGUCAAAGUGCUCCCCAAAACGGACCUAGCCUAUCAAACCACCUUCAAGAAUGAAAUUGAGGCCAUGAAGAAGCUGAGACAUAAAAACAUCCUCUCGCUCUACGCCAUCUCUUCCACCGGGGAUCCCGUUUACAUCAUCACAGAGAUCAUGAGCAAAGGAAAUCUGCUAGACUUACUUCGAGAUUCCAAAGAGGAGUCUCUCAAAAUGGUGGAGUUGGUUGACAUGGCCUCCCAAGUGGCUGAUGGGAUGUGCUACUUGGAGUCACAAAAUUUUGUCCACCGAGAUCUGGCUGCCAGGAACAUUCUGGUGGGAGAGAACAACAUCUGCAAAGUGGGAGAUUUUGGGAUGGCCAGGCUUAUCAGGGAUGACAUUUACCUCUCAUACUCUCACAACGUUCCCUACAAAUGGACGGCACCAGAGGCUCUUUCCCACGGUCGCUAUUCCGUCAAAUCUGACGUCUGGUCAUUUGGAGUCCUCCUGUACGAAAUUGUCACCCUUGGCCAGAACCCGUAUCCAGGUAUGACCAACAGUGAAGUUUUCACGCACGUCCAAAAGGGUUUCACGAUGGAUUGUCCUUCCCAGUGCCCCCGUAAGAUAUACAACAUCAUGUGUAAAUGCUGGAGACUUAAUCCAGAAGAAAGGCCUGAGUUCCAGCAACUGUGGGGGCUGCUCCAGAGUUUCACUCACUACGAGAACCCGGAAUGA